CCUUAUAAGGAAGCAGGCAAAUCUAAAGUUCUCUGUAAACCUUUGGCUCGUGUGCGUCCUAGCCUAUUCCUACUAAUCGUCCCCAGAGUAAGCGCGUGAACUCUAUCCUCCUCCUUCUCCUCCCCCCCCUCACUGCGCGCUCUGGUCCUCAUCUGCGCUCUCUGUCUCGCUUCGGACAAACUGCGGCGGAGCGCUGGAUCACCAAAAGUUUGCCCAAUCGGUUUAAAGGUACCGAGCUUGGGGACGGAGUGGUUCGGUGUUUGUUUUUUGCGGGUUUUGUGUGUUAUUUCCUUGUUAGUUUUUUCGCAGUUUAACAAUGGAGACUCUUAGAGCUCUCCUCGCGCUGCUGUGCGUUUUUCUGGCUGGAGCGCAAACGCCAACCCAAAGAAACAUUUUUGCGGACUGUCCGGUUGACCUUUUCUUUGUACUGGAUACAUCUGAGAGUGUCGCCCUCAGACAGAAACCUCCCGAAUAUUAUAUUGACCAGCUUAAAAAUUUCACCAUUACCUUCAUAGAUGAACUGAAGGAAAUGCAGCACCGGUGUGACCGCACCCUGACGUGGAACUCAGGAGCACUGCACUACAGUGACGAAGUCAAACUUGUACGACAUCUGAGUGACAUGAGGACUGAUCGCCAGGCCCUGAAGGCCGACAUCAAAGGCAUCGACUACAUUGGCAAGGGCACAUAUACUGACUGUGCCAUCAAGAGGGGCCUUGCUGAGCUGCUCUCCAGUGGCUCCCACUACCACGACAACAAGUACAUCGUGGUAGUGACUGAUGGACAUCCUAUUACUGGUUACAAAGAGCCUUGUGGAGGUGUGCAGGAGGCUGCUAAUGAAGCCAAGCAGCACAGAGUUAAAGUGUUCGCCGUUGCCAUCUCACCUGACCAAGAGGACACCAGGCUGUCAGUCAUUGCCACAGACCCGUCCUACAGACAGAACUUUACUGCUGCAGACGAGUCCAGAUCCACCAAGUUAAAAACCAUUCGAACCAUCAUCAAUAUGAUCACGAACGAGACAAAGGAUGCGUGUUGCUCUUACGAAUGCAAUGCUCCAGGAGGGAAUCCAGGACAAAAAGGAGACAUUGGCGCUAAGGGAGAAACAGGUAGACCAGGGAUGCCAGGAGAAAAAGGAGAUGUUGGUGACGUGGGCAACGUUGGAGACCCUGGACCUGUUGGUUAUAGUGGAAUGAAGGGAGACCGUGGUGGCAAAGGAGAAAAGGGUGACAGAGGACACAAAGGCUACAAGGGCGACAAAGGUCAAAGUGGAAGGGAUGGAAUUGAUGGCCGCAAGGGUGAAGCGGGUUUCCCAGGUCUUGCUGGCUGCAAAGGAUCUCCCGGAUCGGACGGCCAGCAGGGAGAGCCUGGACCAAAGGGAGACCCUGCUUAUGGACAGAAAGGAGGAAAGGGAGAUCCUGGGAGAGACGGGGAACCAGGAAGGCCUGGAAACUAUGGCCCAAUGGGACCUCCGGGUGAGCCGGGCCCUCGCGGAAACAACGGGGACAAAGGAGAGCGCGGUGAUGAUGGCCCACCUGGACAGGAUGGAGGUCGCGGCGAGAGAGGACAAGUUGGAGAGAAGGGCGAGUCAGGUUCCCGUGGAAACAGAGGUCCAAGAGGAGACCCGGGGGAGCCAGGACCCCGAGGAGAGCAGGGGAGGGAGGGCUCAUCUGGUCCCAACGGAGAGCCUGGCGAGCUUGGCAGGCCUGGAUCUCCUGGCUACAGAGGAGAUGAAGGGGCACCUGGACCUGAAGGACCCAAAGGGCCGAGAGGAAUCAAAGGAGCUCCGGGAGACAGAGGCCAGCUGGGGGAGAGGGGAGAAGAUGGUGCGCCAGGAAAUGGCACUGCAGGUUGUCCUGGUUUCCAGGGUUAUCCUGGGCCCCGCGGAGACCCUGGUGAGCCGGGUGGCAAUGGAACCCCUGGACCCAAAGGAGAUGACGGGGAUGCCGGAGAUCCAGGCCCCGAUAACAACCAACCAGGACCUCCAGGACCUAAAGGGGCCAAAGGUCACAGAGGACCUGAGGGCAAUCCGGGACCUCCUGGGCCUCCUGGACCACCAGGAACUGAUGAAUGUGAAAUUCUGGAUAUCAUCAUGAAGCUCUGCUCUUGUUGUGAAUGCAAGUGUGCCGCUAUGGACCUGGCAUUCGUUGUGGACAGCUCAGAGAGUAUCGGUGCCACAAACUUUGCGCUUGCCAAAGACUUUAUCAUCACAGUCAUAGACAGACUGACAAAAGACCAGCAACUCAAGUUUGCAGGUAAUGACUCUGGGUUGAGUGUAGUCCAGUACAGUGGAUCGAAAGCCCAAGAAGUUGUCCGACUGGGGAAGGGGAUUGGUAGCCUCCUCGAAUUUAAACAGAAAGUGCGAGAAUUAAAGUGGCUGGCUGAGGCCACGUACACAGGCGAGGCCCUUAGCUUUACUCUGAACAACACAAUCGUUGAAAUGACCCAUGAGAACAAAGUCGUUAUCGUUCUCACGGACGGACGUUCUGAUAUUUCAAGGGAUAAGAUUCCCCUCAACGUACUCUGUGGUAAAGAUCUCCGGGUGGGUGGUUUAGGAGUGAAGGACUACUCAGGCCGCGAGCCCAACAACGAGCAGCUUGGGGAAUUGGUUUGUAAGAAUGACCCCAAACCAGGCUUUUCCUUUGUCCUGGACAACUUUGCAGAGCUGUUAGAAGACUCUUUCCUGCAGAACCUCACAUCCAGAAUCUGUCAAGAAAAGAGGUGCCCAGACUACAAAUGUCCCAUCUCUUUCUCUGAAAGUGCCGAUAUUUUGGUGAUGAUGGACAGCUCGGCCAGUGUGGGCCAGAAGAAUUUUCAAACAAGCAAAGCUUUUGUCCACCGCUUGGCUGAGCGUUUCCUGACUAGCGAGAAGAAGCGCGGUGCCACUGUGAACGUGGCUGUGGGCCAGUACAGCCGAAGCGCCAGCAUGGAGCAGGGGCUAACUACCAAUUUGACCCUGCUGUCUCGUCAAAUUGAAAGCGCGACCUUCCAAAAUGACGGCACCAACGUGUUAGAGGCCAUGGAAUUUGCCAUGAAGAAUUUACGUGGACGUGGGGAUGCAUCAGGAGGCAAGAAGAAGCUGGUGCUAUUCUCUGACGGCAGGUCUCAGGCCGUCACCGAGCCCCAGCUGGAGAAGCGCGUUCGUGAGGUGGCGGACGCCAGGGUGGAGCUCUUUGUCAUCUCCGUUGGCAGCCAAGUCAAUGAGGCCAACUUGCGCACGCUGGUGAGCAGGGGGCGGCGGGACGACCUCACCUAUGCCCAGCGGCAUCUCUUCCGUGUCCCAGAUUACGCCUCUCUGCUCCGCGGGGUUUUCCACCAAACCGUCUCCCGCAGGGUGUCCAUCCCCUGAGGGAGGGACAACAGGACCAACACGCUUUUUUAUUUUUAGUGCCAAUAUGAAUAUUCAGUCUCACUCAUUUACCAUACACUGUGUUUGAGUAAAAAAAAAAAUUUUUGAAAGUCUCACAAUAUAACGAAUGAUUGUGUGGCGCGUUAUUAUGGAACCCACGUGACUUCUAGGAAAGGCCCGCCCUACGAAGCAGCUCAAUUGGUUGCAGUUAGGCAAUGACCUUAAGUUGUGGUUAGGAUAGCUGAUUGGUCAGGGGAUAGGACCAGAACAAAUCGGGUUACGCUACCUUGUGUAAGAAUGGACGCCUGGCCAACAGUAGCGUGUAAAUGCUAUUGAAGGACGGGCCUUUCCUAGAAGUUGCAUGGGUUCCAUAAUUACGCUUGUGUGGCAGACAAAUGGAAGUGUCUUCAUUUAAUUCCAUGAGACCCUACUACCCUGGGUUGAGUCUCCAUUAGAUGAUAUCCCAAAUGAUGGUGCUGUUCUACACAAUUUUAGAGUGUUAGAGAUUGUUUGAAGGAAUUGCUGCCUGGCAGGCAAAGUUCAGGGUACAAAAGUCCCAUUUCAAAGAGGGUUGCUUACGAACUGGAAAACCGUCAGUCAUGGCCACAGCUAAACUACAUUUCUAGCUUUUAAAUGCAUUGAAUUGAUUUCUCCUCAGGUAUUCUGCAUUACUUUCAGCUAGUUUGUUACUUAAAUGUAUUAGUUUGGUUUGAAAAUGGCUACACUCUCCUGUUUUUCCAGGACUAGAGCUCCUUCCAUUCAAAGAAUUUGUGUUUAGGGUUUAAUGGGGAUUCAUUUUGUAGCUCUUACCACUCUUUGAAGUGGUGUUGGAUUUGUGGUGUCACAAUUUUACAACGUAAGCAAGCCAACUGCGACUGUGAAUUGAAAACAUAAAAAUUAUUUGUCUAAUUCUUCUGGAACCUAAAUAAUCGUUGACCUGAAAGGCUGGCGCAUGAUUGGCCGGUCAUCCUUAUUUUAGGUUUUGCCCCUACAGUAUAAAACAUAUUGAAAAGGUCUGUUGGAAAAGCUAACUUAGUAAAAACUCCCACCCAACAUCACUUGAAAGCCGGACUUAGCAUUUGUGAUUCUGCCCGAGUGUGUGCAUCUGUAUGUGUGAGAGUGUGAGCACCUCAGUGUCAACAUCGAUUACAUGUAUAUGUGUGUAGAGGUGAUGUUUUAUGUGGAGCCUGGCGAUUGUUCCAUAAACAGCUGUGCUGGGGUCACCGGUUUAAAUUACAGAAUGACAGAAA